AUGGCUCGGACAAGGCAGACGGCCAGGGCUUCCACCGGCGUGAAGGUCCCUCACCGUGUGAUCGCCACCAAGGCUGCCCGUCGUUCGGCGGGAUUGUGGCCCGAGAACGGGCAAGACGUCCGUGAAAGGCCGUCGCACCGUAUCAACCGCGAAUUCAUCGACUUCGAGGACAGGAGAAUUGCCGAACAUCUUUCAAGUCUCUGGGAACACGCGGGGCGUUCUGACAUCGCCGCCCUACGUUUCCAGAUAGAAUGUGGUUCGUUCCGCAUCAAGUACAAGGCCGUCGGCAACCGUGCCCCCAUCGCGGCGGCCGUCUCUGCCGCCGGGGCUCGACUUCUCUUCGGGCCCCACGUGCUGGCAUUCGUCGCGGCUCGUCGGUCCCGGAAAGCUUGGUUCACUUCUGACCGUGGCUUCCGGCUCGGGCUCACCGAGAGCCACGGCGACGACACAGAGUACAAGUGCUGCGACGACCCGGAUUGGGGCGUCGAGCUGGUUUGGUGCUCCGACGGCGGCAACGGCGAAACCGAGGGGUGCUAUUACGCCGUGGGGGAGGAGAGUCACGAUAAGUACCUUAUCCUACUCUACACGAUGACGUUCGAUCAUGUACUUGGUGCGAACGAGAACGUCCGCCGGGGCUUCAACUCUGCCUUCGGACGAGACUCGUUGACGCGUACGGACGCAAUCCUGGCUAUCGACAACUGGUGUAGCCAGAAUAGGGGCAAGAAGAAGCGCGUUAACUACGCCAUGUCUCGCAAUGUCUCUCCCUUGGCUUCCAGGUAUUUCACCAGGUCUCAGCCCGUACCGUUUCAAGACAACACCAUCCUCUGUCUCCGCUCUGCCGUCUGCGCGGCCAUCUCCCUGGUCGCUGGCUGGCGCGCUGCCAACCGCGUCUGGACGGCGGAGUCGAAACGAGUCUCCGAGUUCGAGCGCCGAAAGAACUAUUCGUCGAGCGUUCAUCAGUUCAAUCAUGUCCAACGGGCCCUUCAAGCUGAUUACCACGGCACCAUAUCCUUGAUCCGGGAUCACGUGAAGCCACCUCCUGGGUCAUUCGUUCAUGGCAGGUCCAGUUCCAGAUCCCCGUUAUGGCGUUCGGACGUCGGUUGGCUACUCCGCUUGUCCACAACUGUGGAAGCCGGUGUCUACGUCCUCCGCCUUAAUGACAUCCAUGGCUUCCAGCACGCUAUUUGUCUGAAUGCACGGACAGAAAUGGCGCUGAUAAAUGACUGUGCUGAGCGGUAUGCCAUCCAGCUCACGGGCAGUUCUCUCCGCUUGUGCUGCCCCGCCGGCGAUCCGACCAAGUUUCAGUAUUUCGACGGUAUACGCGUCGUGCACGGAAUGGCAAAGCGGGACAGAAGCGGCGGUAAGGGUCUCGGUCAGGAACACAAGAAGAGGGUUCGUCGUGGUAAUCGUGGCCCAACCCUUCCGCAUGGCAAGGGCCGUCGUGCGAAAGGAUCCUUCAAGUAA